AUGUUGAGGAGAUCGCAACCACCAAUUGUUCGCAAAGAGUUGCUGACCACUCUGUCGUUGGCUUCAAAAAUCUUGCCCUACUAUGGAUUUGCAGACGAGUGCCAGAUGCUCAUGACCCAGUUCAGGAGAGCCUCAAGGACUCUCUGGAACCUGAAAAAGCACAUAUUAUUAAGAAACGACCCUGAAGAGCAAGGGAAAACCUGUUUCUUGUUGAAAAAGCCACUGAAAAUUUAUAUUAUUAUUGAUCAUGAGUUCCUUAAAUCACGAAUGACAGAUUUGGUAUUUUACAAAUUUAUGGAGAGCGGAUUUUCCGAAUUGUACCAGCUAGAAAUCAAAAUAGAAAUUAGAAAAUUUAUGCUAGUAAAGGAUAUUUAAGGGCAUAUUAGGAGAUAUCAAUAUGAGGAAUGUGACAAUCAAAAAUAUCGCAUGAAGUUAUCACAAGGCUUGCAGAUCAGAAUGUUCUCUUUCUGAGCAGUUAUACCUGCUGCUUAAUCUGAGCAACCUUUUUGGGCUAGAAUUAGAAACUCGUGAAUUUGGAGGGUGAAAGUACUUUAUCCCACCCAAAAUAUUUGAUUGCGAAAUCGAUUGUCCCAUGUUUAGAGUAGAUGAGGAUGGAAAAAUAGACUAUUAUGUUGAUUAUCCAGUUUUAGGGUCUGAAAAUUUAAAUCUUUAUUGAGACUUAGCCCAAGGAGGACUAAGUGUGACAGAUUUUUGUGCUCACCUUGAUACAGUUACCAUUCAGCAAGUCUGUGAAAGAAUCAUCACUUCAAACUUCAAUCUCAUAAUGCCUGGAGAGAAUAUUAAGCAUGAAUGAGAUGCUUUAAUGACAAUUUCAGAGAAGCUCAAAGAUUGGCAACAGGAUGCUCAAAAAUAUCCAUCUCGGCUCGAGCAAAUAAAAUUCGAUUUGAGUAGGGAUUUAGAUAAAAAACUCUUUGAGGAUUCAGAAUACUUCCUCAAGAGCCUAACUUCAUUUCUCCAAAGCUGCAAACAGAAAAGCUUGAGCGUACUUUGAAAUAAAUGGAUGAGAGGUUUCUUCAAUUCCAAAUUUUGUGCUGAUUUAGGAUUUGUUGUUGUUGGAAAGAAGGUCUUGGUCAUGAAUAACCUAGAAUGAUAUUGUACAAGAGAACCCACAAUAGAGAAGAACUUCAUAUUAUCUCAUUGGGAGGAAAUCUCUUUGAAAUGCCAAAUCACUGAUAUUAUCCCUCUAGAUAACAUUGACAUCGACUGAAGCAUUCUCAAGCCAUGAACAAUUAUUAUUCCAAGAGAUCAGAUUACUAAAGUUAACUGUGAUAUUUAGAAAUCUAUUACAGAAGGCUCUUAGAGAUCUUCUCAAAAAGGUUUUGGUCGUUUAUAUCAUGAGUAGAGCCAAAGAGUUAACUCAAAAACUAUUGAAUAAAGUACGAGACUUAGAUGAACACAUUUAAAUUCGAUUUGAUCUUUUCUAUCGAUUCAGUGUUGAAUACACAACAAUAGAUCAAGUAAGAAUAUCCAAAUGAUUUAAAGUCCUUCAAACAAAAAGAUUAAGAUUCCUGAAAAUUAAAUCAGAUAUCGAAACUAAGCCUUUCGUUGCAAAGCUUGUUAAAUUACUAGAAACCCAGACAAACCUUGAGACAUUGAAACUGAUAAUAGUGGGAGAGUUGAUCGAAGGCCAAAUUCUAAAGCCCAUGAAGAAAUUGUUCAAAGUUCUAGAGACUCUUCCUUGCCUGAACUUUAUUGAGAUUAUUAUCAGUCCUCUACCUAAACCAGCAGUUCAUAACUUUGAAAAAUUGACUAAGGAGUUUAUUAAAACAAAACCGGGUACAUGAAUUAAAAUCCAUAUUGGCAGCAAGACAUAUUC